AAAUAACCAGCUUCAAGCGAGACCAUUUCUCCCCCGCAUCCACGCAUCACGCUUUCACGCUUCACCCUUGAGCAACCCUUGAGCUGUUGAUUGCAGCCCCAUCGUGUUAGAAGAAAGUGACCGAGAGAGAGAGAGAGAGAGACAGAGAGAAGCUGGAUCGUCGAGGGCAAUCGUGACAAUCACAGUCAACCUCUCCGAGUCACGAGCAUCUUCAACCAAUUCCAGCGCCGACGCAUGCAAAUCCCACCUGAUCGACCGUUAAGGAUUCGUCUCGCCUGUUCUCCUCCCUCGCCUCACUCCUACUGCGGCAUCUCCACGCCGCCAAUGUGAAGCAGCCAUCUGCUAACGCCUUAUCUUCUCCUUUGGAUUAAUUCUGGCAGCGUAUGUGUCGGGCAACGGCCAAAGCUGGGAUGGAAGUCGCCAUCGUAUGACACCCCUAUUUGGCUCUGCCAGUGUUCGAGAAGGUCGAGAUCGAGCAACUUUCCCUCCCCGAUCCUAUCCCUCCCACAAUGCGGAUGACGAUGCCAAAUCUAUGUCUGGGCCUGGACAUAACAAGAGCACCUUGCAGGAAGUCCCGCAGGUUGGAAGCUCCUCCCGUGAGACCACUGACCACCAUGCCCAAACGAGAGAUCGCCUCGAAGGGAUGGCCCCUUCAAACCUGCAGAUGAAGGCUGGCCAGAGCCCAUCGAGCACCAUGAGCGAAUACGGGAAAGGUGUCAAUGUGUCCCACCGCGAAAUUCCGUUUGCGCAUAUGCGUAUACAUUUUGAAGAUUUUGCGAAUGAGCUGCGCCUGCACAGGCAUCAGGAGCAUCGAAAACGUAUACUCUUCCAUCGGCGUGACAGGCUUCGCACUGCAGUAGCGCUGUCUUCACGCUUGCACCGAGUGGGAUCAUGGCUUCACGAUGGGCUCGUAGCAAUCUCUCGUCAGUCAGAGGCAAAUGGCUUCUCAAGAGUACAUCAGCGCAUGCAGGACCUGGCCGACUCGUGUUUCUCGUCCUGGACACACGAGAUCAAUGCGUUCGAGCUAUCUCCUGAUAUGAAGACGCCAAUCAAGGAUUCAUUCUUUGCGCGGUUACCGGCCUACUCGCAGGAUGACUGUCUCGAGCUCAUUCAUACCCUACGAAGCAAGCCUCGGUUUCUCGUAGAGCGCUUCAAAGCCAUGUCUCCCGCACAAAUAACUUCUCUCUCCACAGCCCCUAAAUAUCGCGAACUCUCAGAGUCCGUAUUGACAUCUUUGUCUCAAAACAGCGGGAGAGGUUCUCAGAAACGUCGAAUCAAUGCCUACUCGAAAGAGCUGGAAGACUACUCUUCUUCCUUCGAGCGAGCGAAUCCUUUGUCCUUCAUAAUACACAACAUCUACGGGCCCUUCCCAGACAUCAACAGCAAAGAAAGUCGAUUGCGAUUCUCUACUUGGUCCUCUGUCUGUGCAACUCUCAUGGUAGAAUCGCAGCAUACCUUUCAUGCCUUGAUUGGUCAGCUGCUCAGUGCGUUUGCAAACAUGUAUUCAUGGCAGAUCAAGCCCCGUCUUGAAUUGUAUUUGAUGAGCGUUUUGCAAAGAGGUGCGUUCCUACUUGACAUGGUUGAACAUCCAUUCCCGACUUUGCGAUCCGAAUUCUCGCUAUUCGAUCCGUUUAACACCCAGGAAGCCCGAAGCUUCUUUCAAGAGGCGGUACAGGAACUUUUUGAUAUUCUUGCUUGCGAUGAGGGUCUACCUAUAGGUGCACUGAGUCUGGGCCGUGCCAUCAUUGCCAAAUUGCCCACGGAGGAAUAUCAGAGUCAGUUCCGUGGUCAUUUCUUCUUCGAAUGGUUUCUCCGAGAUUUCCUGCGAGUGGCUAUUGCUUUUCCUGAGGAUGAAAAGUUACUGCACCAGUUUCAUGUCAGCGACAGGGCAAGGUCAUAUCUGCUGCACACCAUUUGGGAUCGCGCUUAUAGUUGGGCCCGAGAUGCGUUCAAUCCAAUACCUGCCGAGCCAGAAGACCUGGGCGUGAAGAACUGCGUGUCGAAUAUGAUCAACCAGUUAGAUGCUGAGGUAAACUGCUUCGACCCAUAUCGCGCCGACACGCCUGCUUCCACGUUGUCUUCUGAAGUGUUCAUCAGCAUCUCUGCUGCAGACGUCGUUCACACCCUCGAAGCGUUGAACCCACAAUACAUCCACACUUCAAGCCCCUGGGACCCCUUUCUGAGCUCAUCCCAUUCGACCUUCAGCAGGCAGUACGCCCAUGCUAGCGGUAGAUUCGACACAUUGCGACGUCGCAUAUUGGAGGCAAUCGAGCCUGGCCAGUCCUCGAGAACCAUUCAUCCUUGUCAAGAGAACUGGGCUUUGAUAACUAUUUCGGGGAAUGGGACCCCGGUACCAACGCGCUCCAUCGAGAAGCUCGUAAUGCCGGAUGGGCUGGGUAAGCUUGAUCUAGCUGAGAAAGCGGCGCUUCGACUGAUCGAAGGGACCUCAUCUUCAUCUGGUCGCGAAAGUGCCGUAGGAAUCUCUGUCGAAAGAAUGAGAGGGUCGAGUUUAUCGAGACUGUUCGCCGAGGAAGCGAGACGGGCUCUUGUCGGACACGAUAGCAUAACUUCGAUGUUUUGGCACGACGCUGUAUCCUUCUUGCGCCGAUCGUACCCCCUUACGGUGUUGACAGACGAUGACACCAAGGUCCUGGCACCAAUGUCUGAUAAGUUGCGGAUGAGCCAUCUACGGCUAGGUAAAGAAUGCCUCCGGCUUGAGCAAGACGUUGCCAGACUCGAGGCUUCUUAUGACCUGGCAAAGUCGAAGAUGUCGCAACUCUCCACUUGGCUGGAGAAACUCCGAAUCAAAUUAUGGUAUAGAAUGUACGUGGUGAGUUCUGAUGCUUACGAAGAUGCAAAGAAUAUCUCUGUGGCAUUGAACAAUAUGGCACUGCCAGUGUUACAUGCAGGUGCCAGUUCUGGAGGAGUGGUGCGGUCAUCACAAACUAGUCCGCAAGGUACAUCAGUGACAUCAACGUCGUCCCUAUUCGAGCAGCCAAGAGUCGAUACGAUGAGCAUUUUAAAAGCACCUGUGGAAUACGGCGGGCCCAGAAAGCUUGCCGAUUCACAAAUCGAGAGUACCAGGCAUUGGCUCGAGCAAAAUCACUUGGACAAUUUCUGCAAAGGCGAAGAGAGAAUCCAUCGGUUCUGCAUGGAAGUCAGCAAUGCCACGAAGAGGCUGGUCGGUGAGACUCUCAGUGAGAGCCCGGUGCUCUGGUCAAGUGAACUUUUCGCACGGGAGAGAGAACGAUAUGAGGUGCAUUCCACAGGGUCUUUUAGUGCUCAACCCAGCAGUCGUGCACCCAGCGUAUGGAGUGAACCGCUCUCCUCGACCUCGUAUCCUUCUCGGUCAACCUUUGGAGGAGGGCGAGCAUCCUUCUAUAGCCAAGCUUCUGGAAAGCUUCAUCUCGAUCUGGCCUCUAUGAUCAGUUCACCAGGAAGAGCAAAUACUGUGACGACGGUCGACUCCAACAGCAGCAUCUGGUCGCCUCCGAUUUCCAAUCCAAGAUCCGUGACCUCGGUCUCAUCACAAUCAAGGCCUGCGUCCACGUUUGAGGAUUCAAGCCUACACCGCCUGGCAGAUCACAGCGUGGAGAAGGCGGCGUUUCUGGAAACCCUUCACCACGAUCUCACGUGUCUACUGUUAUCCGACCUCGCUUGUCCGGUGUGGAGUUGUGGAAGCGAGACUGAUUCUUGGAUAAGCACAAUAUUGCAGACCCCCAGCAUUCAGGAGCGACUAGCCCAAAGGUCCGUGAUGGCGCAUCUGCUGUCUACGCCAAACCUGCUCGGCCACGCUGUGCAUGCUGCUGCCAGGAAGCAAAAAGGUCGACUGCAGCGUAGCCAAAGUUCAGCGCCAAGUCCAUCGCAGCAUUCUGAACAUCGGGUUCCGCCAAAAGAUCACCUCGAAGAUGUUCUCGAUAUGACAAAUCCGGAACCCGAUUCUGACGGAUUUUCCUUUCGUCACGGUUUUGACGACGUGUUCAUGCGAAUCAGCGAGCAUGUCGACCCGAGUUUGAAGCUCGAAGCUAUUCACGACCUGUUGACGCUGUCCCAAGCGUGCCAAGAACGGUGGCCCAGCUCAGGUCCCGACCCGGCGACUCCUGCCGCAGCAGUCCGCAGGCAGAGUCUCAAUCCAAGCGUACUUUCUUCUAAUCUUGAGCGACAAAGCAACAGCCAGGCCAUGAUAGCCAGCACUGCCCGUACGGACGCCAGCACAGAGAGCGAAGUGGUGCAAUUCCUGAAGAGGCUGCUGCUGUUGUUCCAACCGAAGACGAUAUUUCGAGACUUGCAAUACGUUGCUGCCUUUGUAUCAUCCGAUACGCUCAACGACACGGAGAUCGGACGGGCGUUUUUGCAGGUUGGGCUAGCAGCUUUGGCGUGGAAAGACGAAGUCUGUCGGGCGAUGGUCGAUGUUGCUGACCGGAUUGUGGCUAAAGACUCGAUCAAACGCAGAGUUCAGCGUGGCGAGCGCAAUGAACCGUCGAUUCUGAAAGCUGCCGAGUAUUGGGUGAUAGCUGCACGAGAGGGCAACGCAAUUGCGCAACGAGAAUUGGCCAGUCUCUACCUUAGCCACCCCGAGGUACCGCCGGUCAUCAGCGUGCCUCUCUCUAUGUCCGCGGACAUUUUCAAAAGCGACAUGUUGUGGGAGGAACAAGAGGGGUCGCAGCGCAGUAGUCAGACGAUGUGUUUGGCAUUGCACUGGAUGCGGCGAGCAGCGGAAAAUGGGGACGAAGUGGCACAAUUAAAAUUGAGGGAACGUCGCACGGGUCUUUCGAUUCGAUGAAGCAGGGUUGUUUUUAUUAUCUGACACUUUAUUCUUGCUUACAUGGGGAGUUUGAGGCAUCAUGCCUCUGUUCAGCUUUCUUGGGUGGGUGGCAAGUAUUGUUCUUUUGCUUUUCGGCCACGAUAUGGAAUGGAUGCAGGGGUCUGGAGUCUUUUGUGUGUGUCCGUGUUUGACGUACCCCCGUACAGGGGAUUUGGAUGGGACCAGGCAUACUUUUUUGAUACACGUGUACUUUGACGGGCGGCCACUUGCUGUUUUCGGGGAGGCGGAUGCAGUGGACAGUAGGGAGUAUACCCAGCAGAUAACAAUCAAUGAGAAGCAUGAAGAUUUCGACAGUGGAAGAACGGAAGGAAUCUUUGAACAUUUGUG